GUAGACUCACUUUUUCUCCUUACAACCGCAAAAAGCCCGCCGAUUCGCACUGUCAUAUUUCCAUAGAACCAGCAGCAUUCCUUCCCUUUGCGCACAUCUUGCAGAAAAACCCGCCGGCCAACUGCCCGUGCCGACAGAAUCGCAAGCAAACCCAACAAUCGCGGCAAAUCCCUAACAAGGAAAACGACCACCAGCGCGGCGACGAUCGCUAAAUAGAAUCCACCCCACACAGCCCACAUCCCCUCUUUUCCCGUCUGCCUGCACAGCUGAUGACAAUCACGUUAGAACGUGUGGUCAACACAUACGAGUUUGUCAAGCCCUCGCCGCGGCGGCACCAGCAGCGCACCAGCUGGAACCACUGGUUUACUGUGAUGCCCAAUAUCCCGUCCAAACAUUACCAACCGAUUUUUUACUCAGAGACGCCGCCCGCUAUUCUGUUUGUUGCUUAUGUAGGCAGCUGCGUGACGUUGUCCUGUGUCCCGGCAACAAAAUCGGAGCUCUACUCGAUCUACCGCUGCAAUGUCGACAAGUAUGAUACCCGCAAGCAUCAGUCCACCCGCGUCCUCGGCGAUCUGUCCUUUGAUCCCGUGAGCAUGGCUGUUGGCGGCGACUUUAUCGUGGUCGGCGGGCAGCGAGCUGAGCUGGCCGUAGCGAGACUUAGCAACCCGGGCGAGACUAUAAGCUUGACACACAUGGGCGGCUCCAUCAACAACUUUGUCGCUUUGGAUCGCCAGCCGCGCGCCUUGCCCACCCGCCGCCGCCUGCGCGACUCUGCGGCAUUUGUCGAGGACGGUGUGACCAACCUGAACAUCAUGAAUAGCCAAGCCGCCCCGCCACGCGUGCUUGUCUGCAACAAUGACAGAUCAGUCAAGCUGCUGUCGCUGCCCGACCUGAGCCUGAUCACGGAGCUGAAGUUCCCGGUCGCUGUCAACUACGCCGCGGUCAGUCCUGACGGGACAAAGAUGUGUGUGGUUGGCGAUUCAAACAGCGUGUUCCUGUUCAACAAGCGCGGCGACGACUUUGAAAAGAUUGCGACCCUGACUGCCUCCAACGAUGCAUCGUUUUCGUGCGACUGGAGCCAAAGCUCCGAGCUAUUUGCCGUUGGCAGUCAGGAUGGGUUUGUCAACGUCUGGGAUAUCCGCUCACACCAAAAGAUGAUUUCGCUCGAGACAUACCAGCACGGAAGGUCCCGCGGUGCCUGUCGCAACGUAAAGUUCUCGCCCAGCGGCUCUGUUGAUCUGCUGGCGUUCUCGGAGCACACCAGCUUUGUCAACAUCGUUGACGCCCGCAGCUUCGAGAAGCGCCAGAUUCUGCGUGUCGCUGCUGAUUUGAGCGAAUCGAUGGAUUCUGUGGACUCAACCGUGACCCUGCACCAGCAGGACCUGCAGAUUACUGGGCUUCGCUUUGCGCCUGACAGCUCUGCGCUCUUUGUUGGACUUGAGGACUCGAUCCUGGAGUAUGCCGUCGACCGCAUCGGCCGCUACAGCUUCCCAAGCAGUGCCGUAAUCUGAGAUGAACUACCCCACUGUUUGAUAUCCCAGCCACCAUGACCAGCCUGAGCUGCGUACGUCAUCGCCACAUGCAUUGCCAAUUACCCCGGUGGGUACCAGGAUUGCCACUCAUAGCACAUCCUACACCCUGCCACAUUCAACUUAUACUAUUUAGCAUAUUGGACUUUGUGUCUUUCUGUCUGUUUAUUUUAAUACCCUGCAAGCUCAAUUUAUCUUUUCUGUUCAUUGUAAUUUUUUCAAAAUCUAAAAAUAAUAUACACUGUC